AUGGAAAGUUCUAAUAGCAAUAUUAGUAAUUGUGCAGCAGAACCAGAAACCAUAGCCACAUUAUCAAGAAAGGAACAGACAAAUCAAGAAAUGGUUCAAGAAUCUAACAAAUCCACCAUCCGCCGCAUGCGGCAACCGGAUGGCCAUAGAAGAAGCACAACAAACGAAACCCAGGUGAAAAUCAUCUGUGCCGGCGACGAAGAAAGUAGUGGUGGCGGAGAAGACUCCGAUGAGAAAGCUGAGGUUGAGAAAAAGAUCGUGGCUUUGCAGAAAAUAGUGCCGGGAGGAGAGUCGCUUUUUGCAGACAAACUGUUUGAAGAAACUGCUGAAUACAUAUUGACGUUGCAAGAUCAAAUUAAAGUCUUGAGAUUUUUUGCUUCAUUUGUUGAAGGUCCUGAGAUAGAGAAGAGAAAGCUUGGUGGUUAG